CUGUUUUCGAGUUCUUUUUUCUCGCUGGGUAUAAACCAGUGAGAGUAAAAGCAAAUAACGCUGUAAAGUCUCAGCAAAGUUUCGUGGCCACUACACCGACUACAGGUACGUGUGUGUGACUGUACGUGAUUUUGAUUUCGCGUUUGUUUCAGUCGAUUGUCACUGAGUCAGAAUGACAGGCAUUCUGACUAUUCUGAUGUCAAUUUUUGCUGCAUUUAGGCUGCAUUGGUUAUGGCGGUCCAAUAUGGAGAAUAAAAGAGGCUAAAGUUUGCUUUCUUUAUUGGCCGUUAAUUUAGUCUUCGAGACGAAAGGUUUCGGCCAUAUACCUUAUUUUACUUUGCUUUAAAGUCGCAGUAAUUUUAUACGAAAACUCAGUCCUUCAGAACCCCGGAAAACUCAGACUGUUGGGUGUCUCGUAACCAAUUAGUUACGGCCACAGCCUUUUCUAUUCAGUGCAUGGAAAUAUUCGAGAAACUGAAAUUGCGCGAGGAAGCGUUACGUUUUCGCUGUGACAGAUUAUACAGAUUCGCAACAGGAAGUAGAAUUCGCAACAAGUAGAAUUGAAAUACAACAACAAGUUUAUUCAGUAUUACCAUUUUGUACAGGCGUUACCGAUUAAAAUAACAAUAACACUGAAACAGCUAAAUUUAAGGAAAUGAAGAUGUGAUGGAACGGUAGAAUUAACUAUGUUUCUUUCGUCUUUCAAAUGCUUGAAAGACGAAAUUAGCAGCUAGCCUGCUGAUACGUGAAUCAGUAUUGUUAAAAAGGAAACAGACUUUAUCAUGGAUAUUGUAAUUUGUAAAUAAUGUAUUUCGGUCCUUGAUUUUAAUAAAAAGAGUCUUUCUCAAAUCAUUGUAUUGAUCACAGUGAAAUAAUAUGUGCAGUUCAUUUUCAACCGAAUUUUGGUUGCAAUGAUCACAGAUUCUAAGGUCUUCAGGAGUUUUAGGGAUUGUAAAUCUUCCAGUUUCUAUUUUUAAAUUAUGAUUUCCUAACCUAAAUUUGGAAGCUACACGCCUAUGUUCAGGAUUCCGGAUAUGAUUGAUGAAUUCAGAGUGAUUUGCUUCAUUUUUAAAGAUGGAGUAGAAUUUUAGUUUUUCAUUUGUUCUUAUCAAAUUUAACUGGUGGUUUUUCAGAUGUUUUGACAAAUUAUUUUCAGCUUUGGAUAGGAAAGUAGAAGGGUUUUUAAAGUUAAUUGAUUGUUUAUGAAUAUUAAGUUGUGUACUCAAAAGAUUUAUUUCAUUUAUUAGACCUGAUUUAUUUUCUUCGGCCAUUUGAUCCGAUAUGUUUAAGCAGAGUUUAUAGCGAUGCUGUCAGGGGAUUGAUUUUCAAGGUGAAUCCAAAACUUGAAAAUGUUCAUUGUUAUUUGUAAAUUUAGAGAUAAUCUACCAAGUUCAUUUCUCGAUGCAACAUUCGGUGAACGUUUGUUUAAACCUAAACUUAUCUUACAAAAAUGUAUUUGCGUUUUCUCAAUCGAGUCUUUAUCCCAGCGGCUAUAAUCGCUUUUAUCAUAGAUUCCCCAAACGUCAGAGCAAUACGUUAAAAUUGGGAAAAAUAGAGUAUUGAACAGUUUGUUGAUGAUGUGAAUUGGUAAUUUUAGAACAUCUAGAUAACGACGAGCGGCAAAAAAGGAUCUCUUCGUUUUUUCUGUUAAGUUUUCCUUGUGAUUUGUAAAAUUUCCAUUGGCAGAAAAUUUCACUCCAAGACAGGUAUAAUUAUUGACGAUUUCAAUGUUUACAUUGCUAACCAUAAAUUUUAGUUGGAUUAAUCUUAAGAAGCCAAUCCUGACAAUAUUUUGAUAGUCUGUCAAGACUUUGUUGCAAACCUUCUGCCGAGGUAGAUAUUAGAAGUAAAUCAUCGGCAUUAAGUAGACAGUUUAAGUGAGAACCAUCUGGUAUUAAGAUAGAAUCUUUAGCAUUGUUAUUUAGAAUGAAGGGUAGUUCGUUUAGAUAAAGGUUAAAUAAAAGCGGCGACAGAAUACAGCCUUAUUGUCGUACACCUCUCUGCUCCCCAAAAUAUAGUGUGACUUUAAAUUUGACCUAACGGGAAAUUCCAAAAAUUAUUGCCGUUACGGGUCAAAACGUCGUUAAUAACAAGCUGGUACAUGUCUCAAUUCUGGUUCUUAAAACCUUAUUGUGGGAAGGAAGGAGGAAGGGGACUUUAGUUUUACUUGUCCACGCCACCGUCAUUUGCAGGGCUUAUUUUGGCCUAGAUGGGUAUGUGCCGCUGUACAGAUUGUGGAUUUCCAUCUAGUCGGCUCCUAACGUACAAUUUCAUUAUUUAGCGCCUUUGACAUGGAGGGCAGGAAGGGGCCUUGUAGUUGUCCGCGACAGUUUCUUGGAGCUGUUUUCAGUCUAAAUAUAGGCGACAUAAACAUCGAGAGAGGCAGCGUGGCCGAGGAGUAGUAAGCUCGUCGGACUCGCAAUCCGGCAGUCCCGGGUUCUAGUCCCGCUCUGGGGACUUGCUCCAUUUGAUCUCUCGGUCUUCCCGAGUUCAAAUCCUCGGCAACGCUUAUAAAUAGCCAACUAAUUGCCUCCUGCCAGUUGGGGUUUUUAAUCCUGUUAUGUUGUAUUUGAAUUUUGUUUCUAAGUAUUUGACUUGAGUGUCUGUAAACUAGCUGGAUAAGCUAAGUGCACUUUCCACCAUAAACAAGCCUUUAAAUCUUUAAAUCUUUAUCGGGUUCGUGAGGGAUAUAAUAUUGUUGUUACGCAGGGGAAAACGGUCCGUGGGUCAUUCGUCCAUUUAAUUUUCAAUUCAGAAACAAAAAUUGAAAAUCGAUGUCAAUUUUUGAUUUUCCAAUUUUUUUCUUCCUGCGUAAUGGAUAAACAGGUUUCAUAAUUGUUUUACCGUUUUCCCCUGUAAACAAAAAUGAGAAAAUAAACAUACAGCUCUUACUUUCUACAAUCAAUAUUAAAACAGUUGUCGAACCAUAGAUAUUUUCGCUAUUCGCGGGAAAAUCGUUUCCGCAGUCAUCUGUCAACUACUAUGACGUGAAUUAAGGAAAGAAAAUUAAAAAUUGAAUGUUGCGAUCAAUUUUCAAUUUUUGUUUGUGGACGAAGAAUUGUUCAAUCGAUCACGCUCUAAGUGACGAAAGUACCAAGAGGGGAGGACCCAAGUGCAGAAGUGUCCAGUAGGGGAGGGGAGGGAAGAGGGGAAGGGACUGAGGUGGGGGAGUAAGGGCCUUGUACUUGUCCAAGCUACAUGCUACCCGACCAAAGACGCCAUCUUGAAUUGUAAAUAGAACACUAUGGGCACGGGGGUCGGGGUUGAGUUCUCUCUUUGUUGAACCGCCGCUGUAACAUCAAAACUAAGAAAUUCCCAACCUUGAGUAAAACACGUCAAGAACUUAAUAUGAUAUAUUUCAACUGUCUUUGAGAUGGACACCUUUGGGAGACAUCUCCAAGUUGCCAAUUUAAAAAGUGUCCAGCCGAUUGAAAGUUGAUUAGUUAAGAGGUAGUAGCCUGUGUACAGACGCCCCCACAGAAAAAAAAUUAAUUUUUUUUCUGAGGGAGGGAGGACGUCUGCACACAGGCUAAGAGGGAGUUGACAGAGAGCGUGUGCUUUUGGUGUCAUCAAUUUGCAACGUCAUAGUUAUUGCAUUUUGGCUGAGACUUCCAGACUUUGCCUGAAGAAAAGGUAAGGUUUUACUCCUACUAUGAUGGUGAAAUUUAAAUGUACUAGACAUAUAUCAGUCUGCCAAUGGUGAUCAAUGUUGAUUUGGAAUAGAAUGAGGAUUUCAUCUCCACUCUUAGGGGCGCAGUCCCUUAUUUGGCCUAGAAGGGUCCGUGGCGCUGAACAGGGUGUGAUAUCCGGGUCUUGAGUCUUAAGCAGGUUAUACAAUUUAACUAUUUAGCGCCUUGAACAGGGUGUCUUUAUAGACCGGUAGCCUUGAAAAGAUUGUGAAGGUUGGUGAUAAACGGUUUACGUGUGGUACCAACAACGGUUCUCCGAAUAAUAUCCAUUCAUGAUGUUACUUUAUAAAAAAUUUCUUAAUUCAACCAUUUUUUUCCCCACAGGAAAAAAAAAAAGAAUUUCAAGCAAAAAUACCCACCCGAGCAACAACUUGUUUCGUGUAGUGUUCCAGCUCUUCGUUUGACAGCCGAUUUUGCGCGUGUAUUCCAUUUUUAAGGCAAAACCUUCUCACGGACCGCGAACUUAAGCCUCUCUUUCCAGGAUAUGCUUCUUGUAGCAACAAACUGACUUGUGAAUGUGUUUUUCCCUGCGUCACAACAAGGUCUCUCAAGAAAUCAACGUUUACGGCGUCCAUAUUUAGGCUGAAACAGCACUCCAAAGUUUAUUUCCCGCUUCUUUCCUAAGGCUAGUUCCCAGGAUGUAUCUGACAUUAAAGACGGCGGACAAUUGCAAUCCCGUCUCCCUUCUACCCCCCCCCUCCCCACCCCCACUCCUCCUGGGCACUUCUGCACUUGGGUCCUCCCCUCUUGGUACUUUUGUCACUUAGAGCGUGAUCGAUUGAUCAAUCCUUCGUUCAAAAACAAAAAUUGAAAAUUGAUCGCAACAUUCAAUUUUUAAUUUUUUUUCUAAAUUCACGUCAUUGUAGUUAACAGAUGACUGCGGAAACGAUUUUCCUGCGAAUAGCUAAAAUAUCCAUGGUUCGAUAACCGUUUUAAUAUUGAUUGUAGCAAAUAAGAGCUGUGUGUUUAUUUUCUCAUUUUUGUUUACAGGGGAAAACGGUAAAAAGAGUUAUGAAACAUGUUUAUCCAUUAUACAGGAAGAAAAAAAAUGGAAAAUCAAAAAUUGACAUCGAUUUUCAAUUUUUGUUUUUAAAUUGAAAAUUAAAUGGACGAAUGACCCACGGACCGUUUGCUAAAUGACUAUAAGUCAACACUAAUCAGAAAUGCACAGGGUGGUCCACUAUUUCUCUAUUUGAUGAUAUUUCUCUUUCGCACUGGAUUUUCCAGGAGAACAAUGAAAACCUGCAGUUCGGGAGUCUCAAACUUGUUUCUGGCUACGUGAACAUAAUAUCUAGCAAUUAAGGGAUAAUGGUUAAAAGUAUGAAAGCUGUUAGAUUCAGGAUUGUAUCCAUAAAGAGCUUCCGUUGGAUUGGGAUUUAUGUUUUCAGAACGUUUACGAUUCCACCAACCUAUAACUUUUUCCAAAAAAUAUUGAUGGCAGGGCGCUCGUAAAAUAUGUGGCUAUAUAAUAGUUUCACGGGGAGCAUCACAUUGUUAACAUUUUGGAGAAGAUUUAACGUACAUUUUCCAAAGGCACUGGUUGGUUGGAAUUAGAAUAUUGUGGAUGAGUUUGAACUGAAAACUUCUUAGCUUAUUUCUACGGUGGCCUAUACUACGGCAAUGCAUUUGACAUUCAAUUAAUUUCAUUUUAUUUCAUUUCCAAAAACUAUAGUUAGAUUAAAUUAAAGGUAUUUAAGACGACAGCAAGCGUUUGUAUUUUAGGGGGUGUGAGUUUUCGAGACAACCAUGGGCCUGGGUUUUUGGUGGGUCUGUGAGGUUUCUUUCACCCGUUUAGUCCCGGUCUUUUGACACCCCCCCCCCCACCUUACAGCUCCAUUCAAAGUCGUUCAACAAGAGUUGAUCCUCUUUCCCGGGGGACCACGAUUAUAGAGGUUUCAAGAAGAGGGUUAUUGGGCAAAAUCAACUGUUUCUUUUUUUUUUUUAAUUUCUCCUGUUUUCCUUCCGGUAAACUUAUUAACAAGUUCCAAAAGUUAAAGUACAUGGGAUAAUUCAUACAAGGAAAGUUACAAGCAAAAUGUCUUUCGCCAACAACGACACGCAAGAAACAUAUAUUUUUUUUUAAGUAAACGAAUUUUUUCGUUAAGUGCCCCGAUAACUGCUGUGACUGCUGUGAUGUACACCUCCACAAGCGCAACUAAACAAGAGCAUGUGUCUAUCUAAGGGACUGGCAGUUUAUUACCUAUGAGGUGGGGCCGGCCAUUUUGCUGGGGGGUCAUUUUCAGAUAAGUGAGCGUUACCUGGGGAGCCAUUUUAUACGUUUCAUCAAAGUAGUACAAUGCAGUAAUGAGCAUGAAUUGAAAUUGAACGUAACAGCUGAAGAGAGGAUAAAGCUCUAUCCUCUCUUGAACAGCUGUAAAUAGUCAAGACCGAUUGUAGAUAAAGUAUGUGGUGAGCUUCGGCAGGAUUUGUAGCAAGAAUAUUCGCUGUAUAGUUUCCACCGCAGUCAGGCGGGGAGGGGGUCACUUUCACAAUAUGUACAAUUUAUGGGGGGUCAUUUCUAAAAAGCUAUGAAGAAUUGGGGGGUCGGUUUGAAAACCUUCUAAGCUUUCUCAAAAUCUCAAAAUGGCAGGCACGAGCCUCACGGGUAAUAAACAACUAGCCCCUGUUACGUUCCUCUCGAUGAAAACGUGGUCGAAAACGGAUGCGUGAAUAUAACUGUUAUUAUAAUUUGUUUUUCAGCAGUUUAAAGCAUUUUUUAGAGAUGAUAUCAGGAGCAGGGAAAAAGGUGAGUAUGAAAGGUGUAACGAGUGCCAUGAGAAACAUCAAGAAAGCUGAAGACUUAAAAACACGAGGGAAAUUUAGGGAAUGCAUACAUGCUGCCAAUGAAGGGCUCUGCAUUGCCAAAGAAAUUGGAAAUAAGAUGGAAAUAGCAAAGGCGUGCGAGGUUCUAUGCGACUCUUAUUAUGAAGUCAAGGAGUAUAAACAAAGUAUUACCUUUGGAAAACGAUCAUUAGAUAUUGCCAAGGAAGUUGGAGAUAAAAAGCAGGAAGCAUUAUUGUACUAUAACCUAGCCUGGUCUUAUUAUAAUGCUGGAGACUAUAAACAAAGCCAAGAAUACGGCAAACAAUCAGCGAGAAUUGCCACGGAAUCGGGAAAUAAGGAACUGGAGGCAAAAGCCUGCCGCGUUCUUGCUUGGUCGUUUUACGAGGUUGCAUUCUAUGAACCAAGCAGAGAAUACGGCAAAAAAUCUUUGAGUAUCGCCAAGGAAGUAGGAAAUAAGGAACUACAAGCAAAAGCGUGUCAUUUUCUAGCUUGGUCGUAUUACGAGACUGAAGAACAUAUAGAUAGCCAAGAAUAUGGUAAACAAUUACUAAGUAUUGCCAAGGAAAUUAGAAAUGGGGAACGGGAGGCAGAAGCUUGUCACGUGCUAGCAUGGUCAUGUCAUAAAGUUGGUGACUAUAAAAAAGGAAAAAGAUAUGGCUAUCAAUUACUGGAUAUUGCCAAGGAAGUGGGAAAUAUGGAUCUGCAAGCAAAAGCGUACCAUGUUCUGAGCUGGUCGUAUUAUAUGUUUGGAAACUAUGAAAAAAGCAAAAAAUACAGCAACCGCUUACUGAGUAGUGCCAAGGAGAUGAAUAAUAAAGAGCUGCAGGCAAAAGCUUGUUAUGCUUUAGCUUGGUCGAAUGAUGCGACUAAAGACUACAAAGAAAGCAAAUCACACAGCAAAAAAUCUCUGAGAAUUGCCCAGGAUGUGACAAAUAGGGAACUGCAAGCAGCAGCGUACUGUGCUCUAGCUUGGUCAUAUUACAGGGUUCACGAAUUAAGAGAAAGCAUAGCAUACAGCAAAAAAGCACUGAAGAUUGCUCAGCAAGUUAAUAAUCGGGAACUGCAAGCAAAAGCAUGCUUUGUUUUGGCCUGGUCGCAUAAUGCGAGUAAAAACUAUGAGCAAUGCGAAUUUUACAGCAAAAAGUCACUGGAAAUGGCCAAGGAGUCGCAAAAUGGUGAACUGGAAGCAGAAGCAUGUAUUCUUCUAGGCCGGUUAUACCGCUUGACUUCCAAAUUUAAAGAAAGCGUUGAAUACAGCAGACAAGCGCUAAAAAUUGCCAAGGCAAUGAAAAAUGAGCAAUUGGAAGAAGAAGCACAUAUUGUUCUAGAUUGGUGCUACCUCCCGACUCACACAGAUGAGCACGGUAAGGAUGACUCAAUGUAACGUUUUUGUUAAGUCCUUUUAGAAACUAAUUUUAAAAUGAUUUAUAAAUAAAGAGCAUUUAUCAGGAGGACCCGCUGAAAGUGACCAAAAAAUAUCUCUUACACUCUUACAGACUACAAGCUACGAUGCAACUAAAAUUAUCAAAAGAUGGUCAAAAAUUGCUUUCACUCAUCAUGAAACAAACCAGUGCUAGAACAGGUAAAAUUCCGUCCGUAAACGAUUCGUCCAGCUAGCAUUGACCGCGUCUGAAGAACGCUUGCGACAUCCGAAAAAAAUGACGUCAAUAGUGUAGGCUCAUUGCCAAAAUAAGUCCAACAAGGCACGGAAACCGAGAAGCCCUGGAAACGUCAGGGCUCACUUACUCACUCACUCACUAAAUCAAUCAAUCAAUCAGUCUUUCAAUCAAUCAAUAAAUCAAUCAAUCAGUCAAUCAACACAUUUAUUUCGCUACGCAGGGGCGGAUCUAGGGGGAGGGUGCAGGGGGUGCGCACCCCCCCCCCUCAGAUGACCUGCGGUUUUCUAAUACAACUGGUAUUCUGCAAAAAAAAAACUACGUGGUUUUUUUUUGUUGUUGAAGUAGAGCAAGAGACGAGUGCACCCCCUCCUAAAAAAAAUCCUGGAUCCGCCCCUGCUACGCUGGCCACACACAACACAAGCUGAUUUCCAGGUGGGGCGUAGGCAAACACACAUUAGAAACAAAUAUAAGCAGUAUGGUGUUCACAAAAGAUACAAAAUUUCAGAGAAUAAUUAGUUAGUAAUACGUAAAAAUGUACACAAUCUAGCUAGUUCUAUAAUAUAGGUUGGUGGGAGUAACACAUAAAAAUUAUAUUAUGAAGUCAGAGCGAUCCAGCAGAAGGCAAAAAGGCAAGUUAGCUCAGCUCAGCUUUUUGGGUAGAGCUGGAGAAAAUGGCGGGAAAAUUUACACGUUUGCGAACUGAAGAAAUAGCCGAACUGCCCUUUUUAUCAAGGACAUCAAAAAUCAACAACAGCUGUUCUUCAGAUCACACUCAGCCUUAGUCAAUACUUAAAGGGGCUGUGUCAUGGCAGUACAGUUCAUUUUGUUUAAUUUUGCCAAUUACUCGCCCUCCAUUGCUAUGGAACUUAAAGUAAGCAAAGAAAUUACAUGUAAAUAACAAAAACAGAGAUCCGAGACAAACAAAUAUGUCUCCUGAGCGUUAUUUUUGAAGUUGCGAGCAGCAAGGAUCAACUUUGAAAGACUGUUAGGCUGAACAGUUUUCAAAAACCCUGAUUUCAAUCCGUUUCAAUUUUCUUCAGUUUUGCCCAUCCGUGGCAUCUGUUGUUUCUGUUGUGUUAUUUUAACCUUCCUUUAAUCUUUUAGCUGGUUAUUUUUAUAUUUCUCUUAAUUUAACGGGCAUUUUGUAAUUUCCUAAUUUGGCUGGAUUUCGUGACACAGCUCCUUUAAUAAUUGCUAAUUUAUGUGCAUGCAGAUCAAGGGUGUUAUUCCCCUCCCCAUAGGCCGAGGUGGAUAACACCCUCCGAGAUCAUAAGAAAGCCGAAUCCAAUAAUUUUUUUAUUGUUCAUUCAAAAUCUUUUCCGUUUAAAAACAUACUUACCUCGAUCGAUGUAAAGUUGGCGUCUACUCUUACCGCACCGUGAAUCGAAGAAAUGACCCCAGUACGACGACAAUACGUAACUUUAAGUCUGUUGAGUUGCUGUUUUUUUUUCCCCAUUUUUUCCAUCGCUGCCAAAACAGCUAAGCUUUGGCGCCUUCUGCUAUCCCUUUUUUUGUCGAUAUUAAACAAUUAUUUGAUGAGGUUUUUGUGAUAUCCGGAAUAAUGAAGGUCAAGGUAAGUGUUAUCAGCCGAGCCGAAGGCCGAUAUCACAAAAAAUAUUUAGGAUAUCACAAAAAAACGAAUGCAAGGAACUUGAAUUGAUAUUUUUAUCGGAAAUCAUUAGCUGUAGGCUUUUUAAGUAGCCAAUGAGAAGACAGAUAAUGAGUGCAAUGUAUUGUAAUCUGCACAAUCGGUGACAAUUGUACCGAUAUCUGCAAACAUCUUUCAAAUUUGGUCAACGUUAGCUGGAUAGGAAAAAGAAACGGAGAAAAUAAAUCGCUGUGGUGCAAAUGCUAGUAGGAGCUGUCUAACUGCAGCAUUUUUGAAUGCUAAAACUGUAAAACUGUUAAACUGUUUUAAAAAACACUUUGCUCAUGGAUACUUUUAUGGGUAAAAUGAAUACGAUUUUUAAUCUAGACGACUACAAAAUGUAUCUAAAAACAAUAAAGGUUCUUUGCGUUAUCUUUCUUUCUUCUGCGUUUUGCUCGACCCUUUCAUACAAUUACAAUCCAAAACAUCUGUGACGUAAAACUAUAUUACAACUGUUUUAUAUAUUUAGUUCCGAGCGAGAUCAAAGCACGAGGACCAGGAGCACAGAUUGCCUAUGAAAAUGCUUUGAAGACUGGAAAAGUAAAGGUGUAUCGAACCCGAAUUAUGCUGAUAGGUCAAGAUCGUGCGGGAAAGACAAGUUUGAAGAAGUCCUUCUUAGGGCUGCCAUUUGACCCUGAGGAAGAAAGUACUGACGGAAUCGAAGUUGACCCCUCGAAAUUCGAAGUAGACACUGAUCUAGUAAAGAACUGGAAACGCACCGAUGAAAAGUUGGAGGUUUCUCAAUUUGCCGCUGAUCUUGCAAGGAUGGUGGCUAGAGAACUCCAAGAGAAUGCCGACGACGAAGAAGAAGGAGAUGAGGAAAUCAAUGGCGAAGACAACGAAAUCGAAAACGAGGGAAAUGUUAAUCUAGUCCAGGUAAACCAAAGAGGAGUAACUUCAGAAUACCUAGCUCUUGGGUUAAACUUACUGCUACCGCGGUUCCUAGCCCCGUAGUCGCUUGCUUGAGUAUCAGACCUAUCUUAAGGGGUUAGGGGAGAGGAGAUGGGAACGAGGUUGCUUUCUGCUUCUCAGUCUCUUUCCCCUUUCCCCCUGAAACUCCUGAUAUUUAGGUUACGUAGUCGCUAAAUUUAAAAUUGUCUAUAAUUGUGUGUAAAUGUCAUGCUACCGCAGUCCUAAGUCCAGCGGUCGCUUAAUUAACAAUUAUUCCUCGAGUCCGGCCGAAUCAGAGGCCAUGAGGGCGAGAGGAAUAAUUGUUUUAGUAAAAUCUAACUAGUUGUUAAAAAAUAUGGAGAAGAAAAAAAAUUUAGCUACUGAAAGCUAGACUUUAAUCCUUUUUUCCGCCAAAAAUCCCACGCUUUUCGAUACUAGUGGGCUAUAACAUAUAGCCUGGUAGUAGCUCAACCAAUCAGAAUGCAGCAUUGCUAAUAGACCACUAGUUGGACUUUACUAAAAGUAAAUAGCCCACGUUCGGUAUAUUAAAAUUCUAACAUGACUUAGCUGAUGAAUCUGAGGCUUUCUGGUUAUUUUUCUAUAUUAUUUUGGUUUGAUUUUCUUUGUGCUCAAGUCUCUUCUGGGAAUUGCGAGACAAUGCAUAUGGGGUCGUGAAAAAUUUGCAAUUUUGACCCUAAAUCCCUAAAGCCUCGGAGUCAUCUUAGAAUUUUAAUAUAUCGAAAGAGGGCUAUUGACUAAGUGUUUAAAUGAGCACCGCAGUGGCAGGAUAUGAUGAGGAAUAUUUCAGAGAAGUUUAGCCACCAAUGCACACAGCACAUGUUCCUUGUGGUACUUGAAAAGCAACUCCAGGCUAACAAACAAAACAUUCUCAGGCUCGUACUGCAUCUAACGAAAACAAAGCGUCGUUGACUUGGUAAUUAUCGGAAGGCCCUUUUUUUUAAUUGCCGGAUUUCAUACGGAGGGGACUAAGUACUAGUGCACAUAUAAGGGAUUAUCAACAAUCGCAAAGAACACAGCCAGCCUUACAAAAUCCUCAAAUGUGGUUUUAAUCUGGAUACAACCAUUCAAAUUCAUAAAAUUUAGUAAGAUAUAUAUAAAUUGCCGGAUACAUUGUCCGGACGUCUAUAUAUCUCUAAAGCCCCGUGCAAACGGACGCGACAUUGUUGGAUGUUACAUGUUGCAUCCGUUUGCACACCCUGUUGCAUGUUGUUGGGAGUUGUUGCGCAAAGUUUGAAACUGGUCAAACGUUGAGCUGCGUGAAAACGGACGCAACAACUCCCAACAUUGUUGGGAGUUGUUGCGUCUGUUUGCAAGUACCUUUAGUAAAUUUUUUUUGCGCUUUUUUAUUUGCUGUAUCUCAUGCCUUAUUUGCCAGAUAAACUCCAAACGUGAGUAUUUUUCUCGGUGUGCGCUUUCUGACUUUGAGGGCCUUGUGUUGAUAAUACACGACUUGUACCGAAUCCCCCAACGAACACGUAUGACAUUAAGCAACAGCUGCGCGGCCGCGCUUUGUUUUUGUGAUUUCUGGAUUUUCCAAGAAUAGCAUUUAAAAGAUUUUGGAUACAAUUGGUUUCUAUUAAAUAGGUUUGUCUUUAUGGGCUUAUCUUGUAGUUUGGAUUUGAUGAUCCUCGAGAACUUCAGGAACAAGAAACAAAUACGGAGCCAUUUAUGGAAGAGAAACCAACCCUCUUUAACUCUCAAAUGAAUCAGGUCAGUUUAAAUCCCCCCCUCCCCCAGUGAGUUUAUAUUUUGUUCCAGGAGAGGGGCAUGAAGAGACAUCCUUGUUGGAACUAGUGUAAACAUGGCAGCUCAGCGUUUCACUCAUAGUGGAAACUCCUUUCUCACAGUUGACUAAAUUGUAAGGAUUAGCAAGUGUAAAUCACUCAAUCCAUUCACACUUCAGCUGCCCGUUACCGCCAGUAUAUAUCCUUGUGCCGCUUUUGACUUCAUAUUUCUGUAGGGUCGUAGACAACAUUUACAAAUAUUUUCUGCAAUGGGCGAGAUCUCAAGAACCAUAACCGAAUGAGCGUGAUUCAGUUACACAGACUACUUUGUAGAAAAUGAAGCCCAUUUGGGCUGGAAGAAUAAUUGUUAAAAAUUCUUCCUGGAAAUGUCCAAAAUAUAGUCAAUGCAACCUCAUCACCUGGGCUUCCUUUUUCUUCUAUGGGAAAAGCCUAGGGGAUGAGCUUGAAAAAUAACAGCUAAAGUAAAACGAGUAUUUUACGCCCCUACCCACAAUUCUCUGUCUAACCCAAGCGACAGUUAUUUUUAGUCAGUGCGCGCGUAAUAUAUAUAAAGCUGUUUCGGUGGACAGAGGGAUUGGGGAGUGGUGCGUGAAAAUAACGCUCAUUGUUUCCUGCCAGAAUGGCUGACUUGCUUAUGUUUAGUCAUAAUGCUGGAAUUUGAAAAGUUACUAUACAGCCCUGACUUAAAAAUGGCACUCAUUUUUCUUGUUACGAAAGUCUUCCAAUAGGAUACAAUGUUCAAAUGAAUUUAGGUUUAACUCUCACAUGCGAUGCUGUGUCACGCAAUGGUCAGCAACAAGAUUAUUUGGUGGCCUGAAUGUGUGGACGUGUACAGCGACCCCUCCCCCAGGAAAUAUCGCCCUUGGCAGCCCAGUGAAAUUCGCCUUUCGGCUAUUCUUGUUCUGUCGCGUUUGAGAGUAUCAUUUUGACCUUUUAAAAAUCGUUUUAGGGUGCAUCUGGUAAAGCCGACGAAAAGGAAGCAAAUACAGCCGUCCCAACUGACUUAAAAAUCGAUCCCAGUUUGCCUCCAGAAGAAUUUAUGGACCAUCUUGUUCAACAUUUGAAAGGCUUAGACCUUCAAAGUGAAACAACAGCAGUUGAACAUCACAUCACCCUUGAUCUGUGGGACUUCGCUGGUCAACAUCUUUACUAUGCAUCUUACCCAGUUUUUUUAUCGACGCGAGCAGUUUAUAUGCUCGUGUACAACCUCAGCAAAGGUUUAAAGGAAACCGCUCAGCCUUGUUUCCGACAAGGAGUCCAUGAAAUUCUUCUCGCUAAUCCAAAUAACGAAAGCAAUUUGGAAAAUUUGUUGUCGUGGCUGGUGUCUCUCAGUUCUAUGUGUUCAUUAAAACCAGACGUGAGUGAAAGGACAACAAAAUUGGAGGAUCUGCCUUACUGUCGCCCUCCAGUGUUUAUUGUAGGAACACAUGCAGAUGAACCACAUCAAGACAUCAAGGAAAUGGAAUUGCAGAUUCAAAGAGAAAUAAGUGGAAAGGACUAUGAAAGUCAUGUGGUCCGUCCGUUCUUUUCAGUCGAUAAUACCCAAGGUUCAUCUGAUGACGGAGUUGCCGCACUUCAGAAACGAAUGAUUGAAGUUUUAAAACAAGAACCAUACAUGGGAGAGGAGGUACCAAUUCGGUAAGUUUUUAGUCAAGAGAAACUCUUGCUCCAUAUUAUUUCUUGACGAUUAUACAUAAUGGUUAUACCACAGGCAGCCUUUCACCCUACGGUAAUACUAUAACAGUAGUGGGUCGCGAUAAAUAAAAUCUACCUCGUUCUAAAGUAGAUAAUGGUUAGUCGUUCCGGCUUAAAAAGACGAUUUAAACGAUUUCCUGCGAGUAAACCAACAACAACAACAAAUUUUAUUGAAAAUUGGAUAUACUUUAACUAAUUACAUUUCUUUCCCACACGCAAAUAGCUUAUGAACUAAUCGAGGCGAGGGGAGCUCAAGACAUAUUACAAAUAAAAGGUUUAUCUAUAGAUGGACUAUAUAAUAACAGUAAAGACACUACUAAACAAUAAAUACAAUAAACUAACAUAAAACAAAGCAAGUACCUAAGGAUUACGAAGAGAGACUAUGUAUUAAACAACUUAAUGAGACAGGAGACUUCGACAUAAUCAUCUUCUGACAGCAAGAAAUUUAGUAGUAACUCCUUUAUCUUUUUACAAAAAGACGUAUUUUAAUCGAAUAAGGAAUAGAGUUCCAAAUUUGGAAACCGAUUCUCGUGAAAAAGGUAUACAUUUUAUCGGUUCUAGAGAGCUUAACAUAAAACUAGUCGCUAGAGACAGAUCUUGUUCUCUAGCUAUGAAUCUUGUUUUAACAAAUUGAUUGAGUAUACUAACUGGUGCUGUCUGUCUAGUGAUAUCCUACAAUAAAAAGCUACAAUCUCUGAAAAAAUAGGCUGGGAAGGGGAAGUUAAUUCGAUUUGAGAAAGAAGGGUACGGAGAGUUACGAUCUUUCUCUGAAAUGCCAGGGCACAGUUUCUCCAACCACAGAUACCAUAAGUUAAGUAGGGGCUAAUUAAUGAGUUGUAAACUGAAAGUAAAACACGACGCGGGACGUAAUAUCGAAUCUUAGAUAUAAUUCCUAUCGACUUGCUGAUUUUAUGACAGAUAGAUUCUAUGUGAUAUUUCCAUGAAAGAUUUGAAUCAAUUAUUAAGCCAAGUUAUUUUACAUAAUCUUUCAUUUCAAGGUUUGCGUAGGUGAGUCAAGAAUUCUAAUCCUACAUAUGAAGGGCAUAUUGUUGUUAUUUGCGAGUAUUAUACUGGUAUCGUCAGCAAAUAGAUAAAAGGCAAAUAACGAAGAGGAUUUGUAAAUAUCAUUGAUGUAAAGUAGGCAUAAGAGCGGUCCGAGGAAUGAGCCUUGUGGCACGCUGCACAAGGUCGUCUCAGCCUUAGCCACAACGUUAUUGACUUCCGUAGUUUGCGUUCGAUCAGUCAGGUAUGAUCUGAACCAGGAGUUGAUUACAUCUCUAAUACCAUAAUUUUCAAGUUUAGCUAACAAAAUCUCAUGGUUAACAGUAUCACAAGCCUUCUUGAGAUCGAUGAAAACACCGCGCGAAGAUUUACCUUUGUCUAUAUUUUGGAGAAUAGUGUUAACAAUGUCAAGUAUAGCAUAAUGAGUACUUUGCUUACUGCAAAAGCCGUAUAUGCUGAUCGUAGAGAAUGUUGCAGUCUUUUUACAAACGCAGUAAGUCUGGAGUGCAUAAGUUUUUCAAAUAUCCUGUUAUAAAUCGAGAGCAGUGAUGUAGGCCGGUAGUUUUCGGGCAGAGUGUCAUCUUCGUCCUUAAAUACUGGAAUGAUCUUAGCACACUUUAGUUUAGAUGGAAAAAUUCCCAAGCAAAAAGACUGUUUAAAAAUCGUGGCUAGAGGUACGGAAAUGAUCCUUUUUGCCAAUUUCAGCAACUUAACUGGAGAUGAGUAGACACCAUGGGCCUUGUUGUCUUGCAAAAUUGAAAGAGUGCGGCAACUGAGUCUACAUCCGGGAAAAAUGGAGAUCUAUGCAGGACAGACUAAGACAGCAUGAAUAGGGUACCGGGAUGCGAUUCAUCCGUACUCAGACCUUCAACAUAGCUGAAAGCGCUCACCAAAAACGGCCGUUUAUAGAUCGUUGCGCCCUCUCCAAAAUCUGAACAGGCUACAAUCGGCGACAAAAUGAGUUGAGACACUUCGCUCAAAACUGGGCUUUUUAACGUUUUAUUAACUUCAAAGGGAGGAAAUAUAGCUUUCCUCCCCCAUCCCCUCCGUGCAAUGUUGUGCCCUUGUUCUAGCUACCUGUAGAAAACAACAAACACCCCAACUUUGAAUGGAGGGGACAGGGGAAGUGUGCGGAUUCUUUUGUUCUCCGAAAUUACCCUAUUUAAGUAUAAUGUCUCAACAAUUUUGACGCCGAUUGUCUGAAUCUCAAAAGUGGCCGUACGUCCUUUAGAAAGGUAAUUGAAUUCAUUUCUUUAUGCCGGGAUGUAAGACCCCUGGUGGCUUUUUAUUUGUUGUGUUCGACUUCAUCAUACCUAUUUUAGAACAAUUAGAAUAAGGCGAUUUCGUUAUUUUCAGUGCGUGACAUUUCGUGUCACGCUUAACCGUGCCUUGACAUCGUGCAAUGUGGCGCGUCGCUCACGAUUUCUUGUUCUCUCCUUUAUCGAAACGCAUCGAAACAAAGAACAAAGUGAAAAGGAUAGGAAACUUAAUAGAUUUCUAGGUAUUAAAGUAGUUAUAAUGGCUAAAAUUGCUCUUUAGGAGAAAUUUCCACGAGUAACCACGAGUAACCACGAUGAGUAUAAAAGAAAAAUAAUUUAAUUAUCUUUUAAGAACAAAGUUGGUUACUCGUGGCCAGUCCCCUCCUGACCUGAUAGUUUCUACCGUAAAGUACAUUCUUCAAAGACCCUUAUGGGUAUAUGGGCAACGAAUCUGCUGCACAGAUUUAGCGAUGCUAUGCAGCUUUGCUGUGCGUUAGAAGUUGGAACAUUUUUCCUGAAAAUUCUCCUGCGCAUAGCAAUCAUGGCUAUUUUAUCGUCCAUCCCACCCUUAUCAAAUAGCCAAACUUUGAAUAAACACUUCGAACUUACUAGGGAUAUAUUCAGAUACAAUAUAUUACCUGCCAUCACACUUAGUUACCAGAGGAAAAUCAAUCAUUCGGUACGUGGGUAUGCUGCGUAAUUACUUGAAAACUCUACCGAGUACAAAGAUUGUCAAAACUAAUUUUCCCUCGAAAAACACAGGUAAGGGAUUAUAUGGGUAUCUUAUCUAUCUUCUGAAAAACGACCCGGUGAAUAUAGUAAUCUCAACUAGUUACCGUCUCCUAACCGGUGCUAAUAAGACAACAGUGCGUAGAUUUCGAUUCAGACAAUCGGCGACAAAAUGAGUUGAGACGCUCCGCCCAAAACUGGGCUUUUUUACGUUUUAUUAACUUCAAAGGGAGGAAAUAUAGCUUUCCCCCCCAUCCCCUCCGUGCAAUGUUGUGCCCUUGUUCUAGCUACCUGUAGAAAACAACAAACACCCCAACUUUGAAUGGCGGGGACAGGGGAGGGGUGCGGAUUCUUUUGUUCUCCGAAAUUACCCUAUUUAAGUACAAUGUCUCAACAAUUUUGACGCCGAUUGUAGUUUAUAGUGCGUUUUCACUAACGUGGCCAGCGUUUAUGCAAAUUUAUUGGCACAAACGAUAGCGAAAGCAUACGAAAAGAGUUCAGCUCCCACAGGGGUGGUUUGGCACAUCAACAUGGCAGCCGUUUCAUUGUUUUGAAACACAAAUAUGGCCGCCGUGACGUCAUGCGAAAUCUUCAGCUCUAACCGCCUCGUUUAGGAUAGGGUGGAAAACCGCUUAGCUUAUGUUAUACAAUAUAAUAACUUGGUCAUCACCUGCUAAUCUAUCAGAGUACGGAAGAAGUUGACGUCACGAAGAAUAUAUUUUCAGGUCUUAUCCAGCACUUCCAGCACACUUAUGAAUAUGCCGAGGUGACAUUCGGAUCGAUGCCGAACGCCUGAAAGGACACGCAAGGUCCAAUUUUUGCACCAGAUACACUCGCAACUUUUAUUGCUACUUAAACUGACACUUAAUGCUUUCGCUAAUAAGUCCUCGUUUAUUAUACGCAGCGAGCAUUGAAUAAGGGGAAAAACGUGUUGUAAAAGGCGGCAAAACCCGUUUCCUUAAAUACCAGUGAUUGUACGGUGCCGCGAUAUCCAUUUUGCACCUAGCCUGUGAACAAAGCCGUCCCUUCUCGCUCCUCAGCGCGGCUGGGGAUGUUUCGCAAGAAAGAAACGAAACGUCCACAGCGGCGAUUUCAGUGAGAAGAGAAGGCUUUAUUCGCAGGCUAAUUUGCACUGGUUUUGAGGAUUAGAUUUCAGGUUUGUGUCAACUGGUAUAAAGUACUUUAUUUUCUUAAUUUAGUAGAAGAGAUCAAUCUUUAAGUGAUGCUUAAACUUCGUCUUUAAGCUUUUGUUUUUUUCUAUUUUUGUUACCAGAUGGUUUAAUUUCGAGAAGGUUGUCCACGCUUUGAUUGCUGAAAAGGUACAUUAUUUAAACCUCGAACAACUUCAAGGUAUUAUCCAGAAAGUUUGCUUUAUUGAAGACGAAGAUGAGGUCGCCACUUUGUUGGAUUUCUAUCAUGACCUCGGCAUGAUUGUCAGACACCGCAACACAGUUGUGCUUCGGGCUCAGUGGCUCAUUGAGGUCAUCAGGCAACUUAUAACCAUUCGUUCUUUUAACGAAAUGGUAAGUGAAGCAUAUUCAAGUGUAUAAGUAUAAGUGCCCUCCACGGAGAACGCCAUCCCACCCCGCUAUAAAUUCUCUGCAUUGCCAAUGCCGCAGAAAAACUGCGGCGAAUUCACCGUAAUGAUGAUUAUCAUGUUUUGAUAAUAUCACACCAAUUAAGACCAACUCAGCGUUUCCGUGAUGGAUUUUCUUUGUUGAUAUGUGCAGUCAUAAAACUGGCUAAAUAUUAGUAAACCCCAGCAGGGACAAUUAAAUGUUUGCAUUUAGCAAAGCUGCAGACUACAUAUCCGAAACAUAGCUUCAUUGCAGUUUAGUGAUUUUAUGUGACAUACGAGUUGUAGCUUACCUAUACCACAAAACUUCUUAAUUAUGACGUCAACUUUAUUAAUGUGUUUCAGCGGAAAAAGUGUAUUUUAUUUCACAAAAAAACUAAAACCAACAAACAAGCAAACAAAACCCUUGCGAUAUUCCUUCGCCGACCUUCGGAUCAUACAUUUAUUAAUGCAUCAUGUCAGUACGUUAUCUGAAGCAUUUUAUUACCUCUCAAACUAUUAUGGGAUUGUACCUUCGAGAUCUUCCUCUUUAAGUUCUUUUGGAACUUACUUCACCGCCAAAUUGUUUUCCUAAUCCAGACUGAUUGUUUUAAUACUAGUUUUCUUUUUCAACCAUGUACUAUAUUUAAAUCCUUUUAUAUUUCUUCUGUUGAAGCACCUGAAAAAAAAAAAAGAUCCUGACGUUGUUCAGUAAUAAGUUUGACGUUCUGAAGAAAUGCCUUCUUUCGGUUUUGUUAUAGGAACCGAAACAUUCCAAGUUUUGGAAGGAAAUGGAGACGACAGGUGCCCUCCACAUGGAGUUGGUUGAUCAUGUGUUCUCCAAGCACUACCAGCAGCAAGGCCUGAUCAAGGAGGAUAUCCUGAACAUGAUGGAGCAGUUCGGAUUGAUCGUCAAAUUUGCCACCUCGCCAACAAAUGAAAUGUACUUUGUACCCUGUCAACUGAAGACGCCACCUGACGCCCUUUGUGACAUGGAGCCAUCACCGUCAGAUCCAUGUCCAUUGUACCUGCAUUUUCUGGGGGGUUUUGUUCCUCACGGUUUCUUCUGGCAGCUUGUGUCACGAAUCACCAAAUGGUGCUCUAAGAGUGGAUUUACGCAGCCACCCAGAUUUUUUCUUGCGGCCUCCAGGUUUUUCAUAGAGAAGAAGUCAAUUUAUCAGCUGAUUCUUUUGUGCAAAAAGCGAUUCAUUAAGAUCAUCUUGACGCAUUCAGAGCCAGCUUGCGGAGCAUCAUUUUCCGAAGCAAGAGAAUUGGCGAUUCUUGUGCGAACGUUCUUGGAAGAAACAGUACAGGACCUUAGACGUGAACUCCCCUGGUUGGGCAAAUUGAAGUGUGAUUUUUGUGUUGUAUGUCCUGGCUGUCUGCGGAAGGAAGAAAUGUGUUCUUAUCACGAUGUUGUUUCAUGUGACCACGAGGACUGCCUGUGCCUUCUUAAGGCUCUCGAAGAAGGGCAACUCAGCCACUGUCCAAGUAGCCUAGACGUUAAAGUCCCGACGGUUUUCGGGCUGGAAAAAUGGUUUGCUGCCAAAGGUUAGAUAACUUGAUAAUAUGGUAAUCUUUUUCCCAUAUCUUUACUCAUGGCGACGUAGUUAAUGCUCAAACUUGGGAGGUAUCCCCCCCAAAAAAAUCCAGUCGAGCCACCUUAAGUGUACUGACAACACUUGAAAUCUCCGAAAAUACUUACGCGACAAUGGAAAUCGACGAGCAACGCUUCUUUUGAGUCUACAAAAAUGGCUGAUUUUGAACGUUUUUCCAGAUUUAAAAAAAGGUACACACGGGACUCCCUAUUUAAAAAUUCAGCCGUCUUGCACCGAAGUAUUAAGCUUAAUACUGUAUAUUUCUAUACGACUAAAAAACAAGAAAGAAACGUACUCCCAUACUGCUACGUAUACAAAGCUCCUCCUCAGUCGUGCAAUCAACCUGGGAAAAAGGGGUAUUUAUGUCUGUGAAUUUAAGCAUCACGUUUAUGGCAAGCGGAAGAGAUGAUAGGGCCAUUUAUACAAGGAAAAAUAAGGCGCGUCUUACAUAAGACGCGUCUUAAAUAACACGCGAACUGUACCAUUUAUACGAGCACGUCUUAUCUAAGACGAGAACAGCUCGUAUAAAUGGUUCGCGUCUUAUUUCUGUUUCUUGUCUCGUUUUCAUGUGAAUGUUGCCCGUAGCAACGGCAACCAAGAAGGCGCCAAAAUUUUCCCGCCAAAAAUUAACGCAUGCGUACCAUGCGUUCGCGUCUUAUGUAAGACGCAAAGGUCAUUUAUACGAAGUUUUUCUCGUCUUAGCUAAGACGCGUCUUAUCUAAGAACAGGUGUUAAGGGCUGUUCUAAAAAAAGACGCGUCUUAGCUAAGGCGCGUCUUAUUUUAGACGAAAUGUGCCGUUUAUACGGAAAGUUCGCGUCUUAUGUAAAACUCGUCUUAUUUUUCCUCGUAUAAAUGGCCCUAAUGUGACACGCCAUCAAUAGAGCGUUUUCACUCACGUAACUAGCAUCUAUGCAAAUUUAUGGGAACAAAAGAAAGUUUUCUACAUAAGAAAAGAGUCCAAUUCCCACAGGAUUUGUUUGGAACACCAAUAUGGCCGCCGUUUCAUUGUUUUGGAACACCAAUAUGGCCGCCAUAACGUCAUGUGAAAACGCUCUAUUACUUCCCGCGUUGUAUGAUCGUUAGUCUGAAGUGUCAUCCGUCAGUUCGCCCCAACCCCAACGGGAGGCAAGGCGAGAGAGACCCACUGAGGGGUGGAGCGAAGACCCGGAUAACAUUUCAGACUAUGUGAUCGUUCUUUGAGAACCCGCUGUUAAUUACGCAUCUUAUCUGUCGCUUGCCAUUUUCAGUGUAAACAAGCUUGUUUUUACACUCCUUUUCACAUGAAAAUCGUGAUUGAGGAACAAUUACUAAACACGGUUUUAUCAACUGAGCUGAUAGAGGAAAUUUUUUACCAUGAGAAAAUCUGGCCUGUUCCAGGCCCCAAGACACUAAUAUAAUGUGCAGAGAUGGUAAAAACUGAAGCGCAAAACGCACGGGGAAGACAAAACAACGCGCUCAUUCCCCAGAUCACGCGCGUCCUAUUUUCGCUUGGCUUUAGCCUGCGUAACUGACCAGAUCGUUGCGGGAUACUUUCUUGGCUUUUCCCCCAAACUUCUCACGGCUCCACCACCAAACAACAACGGUAAGAGAUAUUCAAAAACUGGCUUUUUGACGUUUCUAAUGUGAGCAUAUGAUUUAUGAUUCAAAACAUGAUAAACUUGAGGCCCUGCUCAGACAUAUCCGUUUUUGCUUGAAAACAGAGAUAUUUUCUCAGUUUUCAAAAAAAAUAAAUCCGCGUCUACACGUUGCGUUUUUGAAUCGCUUUUGCCCGUCCACAAGAAAACACGGUCGUUGCCGCUAAAGCUCCCUAUUAAGAGUACAGGAAAACGGCGUUUUCAAAAAUCUCCACUCUGGAGAUAGCAUUUGUAAAAUAUGCGUUUUCGAUUACCAUUUUCGCCGGAUACGUGUGGACGGUAGGUCAAACCGGAGGAAAAAAAAUCUCCGUUUUCAUGCGCCCUCAGCGCGAGUUUAGAUUCCUUUUGUAUACAUGUAGCUAGCAGCCUUUAUACUCUUCUUAAAGUUCCGUUCUAACAAUUAAUUACAAACGUUACCUUUGCGAUUCUUGGUCCAGACGAACUAUCUGCGCAUUUGUUAGCAAGCUGGUCCCAAACAGGUGCAAGCUCUCGGCAGUGACGGCACCUGUAACCAUGACAACAAGAACAAAAAUGUGUGGCGAUCUGGUAAGCAUUUCACUUUACAAUUAACGUCGUACUAAUUUACGCUAAAAGUUCUAAGCUCGGUGAAUUUUUUUUAAGAAUUCGAUUGAAAAAUGGGGGACACGUGCUUUAAAGGAAGUAGCAAGCAAAACAGGGUUAACACUGGUAAAGCAGACUCACCAAGGUGCGUAAAACUUGACAAAUAUUGUGCCAAAACUGAUCAUAGAAUCAAAAUUACUGUCGGUGAGCUGAAAUGGUUUGAUCUGAAAUGAAACAUGAUGAACUUAAUGAAAAGUCUCGCAUAUUCGCAGAGCAUGAAGGACACUUUCGACACAGAUGAUCUUAACAGCAUACGGAGUUAGACAGGACGUGCGUGAUAUAUGAACAAAGUACAUAGUCUAUGAUCCUAUCGUGGGCUCAGUGGUUCGACGGAACGACCGGAAUAUGGGAGGUGUUGGAUUCGAAUCCCACUGAAGGCUAAGAUAUUCAUUUUCUCCGCUAUAAAAUCAGGGCAUAAUGAGCUAAAGACUUUCUCAAAUGGUAAGAUUAUUAAUCAUUCAAAUUGUAAAAGUUUUUAAGUUUAGGCUAUGUCCACACCAUACCUCAACAACACACAGCAACAGACCGGAACUGGAAUAGGUCGUUCAAACACAUCGCAUUUAACCCUUUAAACCCUAAGAUCAAAAUUAAAUUCUCAUUUGUUGCCCCUAUUCAUUUACCAUAGAAGUAGUGGGGAGAAGUUGAUAAAAUAUCAAUCAGAUAUAUCUUGUGUGAUCAUGUCCUUAAUUCUCAUGACCACUCUGUUUUACAAAGCAUUGAUGUUACAGGGAGAAAUUUGACGCGGAUCACUUUCAGGGUUUAAAGGGUUAAGCCGGAGCAGUUGGCCGUGGGGAUUUGAUGUCCUAGAUCCUUCAACCUGAAUAUUUACUUCCGUCUCAGUGGAUUCCAGUCCUCACUCGUACUUAAUCACUUCCGGUCGGCUAUGUCCGAGUACCUUUUCACACAGCACCAAAGUGUGGCACACAACUUAUCCAAUACGUGACGCUCCACUUUUGAGAUCGACGGGGCGCGGCGCAGCUUCGCUCCGUUACAGAAAUCGCGCCGAAAUCACCGCUCCUUUGUGUGGAGAGAAACACUAUUCGGUAUGCUUUUCGUGCUGGCGCAAGAGUAUCGAUUACAGUGUGAACAUAGCUUUAGAGUUUAGCUGUCAUGGUUUGCGUGUGGUUGCAACCGUUUUUGUUCUUUAUUUUUUUACUUUAGCCUAGUCUGUUAUAAGUAGCUCGUUUUUUUGUUUCUCUGGCUCAUUUUCCUCGAUUUUGUUGACAGGCUCUUAGCAACGCAUUUUCAAUACAUUUAGCCAGGAAAACGUUCUUUUUACUGUGUUCGGGUUUUGGGGAAUAUUUUUUUAACUUUUUUAUUGUUGUUUUGCGUACAAAAUUAAAUCCCGUCGUCGUCUGCUGAGAGGUUUAAACAAGAGUCAAUGUAUGGAUUGUCCGACUAGUCACAUCGAAGACCCCCUUUGAAAAGUGUUUCGCUUGCCGUGAUAUAGUAAGCAUAAUUAUAAUCCGAUCAAGUAAUAUUUGUACCAUUCAACGUGAUACGCGAACGUUCUGUUUCGUUUUUCACCUUUCCGCGUGCGACAAAGGAAAUAGGACACGUCUGCCCGGCACGCAGGCUAUUUGUUCCAUUGAUGUUGAACUCCGCUUUUAAUAAAACAGAUCAUUUCGGGCACCAAUCAGAAGCCAGAACGGCGGCGACCGUUUGGAACUGGUCUGGUAAGACAUUGUCCCCAGGGGCUCUUCUCGCGGUCCUUCACUUUUCUUUUGUGCCAUAUUUUUCCGCCUGUUUAGACUUUCCCUGGCCCCCACUAUCUGCCCCUGGGUCUCCGAGGAUGGUUGGCAAGUGAAGUUACUUUGAAGUAAAUAUUAGGGCCGUUUAUACGAGAGAAAAUAAGCCGCGGCUUACUCUGGCCGCGGCUUACAUAAGACGCGAACGGAACCAUUUAUACGAGUACGGCUUAUAUUAGAAGCGAACUGCCCGUAUAAAUGGUUCACGGCUUACUUCGCGGCCAGGUUGUACUUUUAAUAAGCGUAGAAUUAAAAUUAGAAUCAAAGAACUUACGCUUGCCGAGGUAACGCAGACAUCGAGCUGCCCCGGAAUCUCAAGCUCGCUGCAUAUGAGCAGGAUUUGUUUCUCUUCUGGGCACUCCACACAUUUCUUUUUUUACAUGAGUCUCUAUCCGCCAUUUUCCACUUUGUAAAUGUAAACAAAACUCAUUUUCCCGCCACUGCAACGCGCGUCUCUCGGCCGUGAAGGUCGAGGAUAUAAUUGAAAACAGACCAUGCACAGCAGUCGUUCACGGCUUCAGCAAGCCGCGGACAGCCUUUGAGUGCAUUUAUACGAACACUUUCACGUCCAAGAUAAGCCGCGGCUUGGAUAAGCCUAUCCCAAAACCCCUCGGCCAGGAUAAGCCGCGACUUGAGCUGGCCUUGGGUUGAAUAAACCGUGAACAUAGAUUUUGUACUAUUUAUACGGGAUGUUCGCGUCUUAUGUAAGCCGCGUCUAUAGUAAGCCGCGGCUUAUUUUCUCUCGCAUAAACGGCCCCUGAGAUUAAUAACGUUACAUAGAAAAACCAAUUUUAUCGUUGGUGACUAUUACUUUCGUCUGAAAUGACUAUAAGGGCUGAUUUCCUUUUCCUACAUUUGUAAAUGUACCAUUAAGUAUCAACUAUAUAAAGAUGAAAAUUUCUUAUGAUCUGGGUUUUAUUGUAAUCGGAGUCACCAUGGCAACGUAACAACGCCAUUACGUUUUUUAUUUAUCUUUGUGUUUCUCUGUACCGGGAGUUUUUUUUAAGAAAUCGCUUAAGGGAGUUUGUACCUGCCAUAAUUGCCUCUAUUACGUCAAAGUUUGAACAUGGACAAAUUCUAUGAGAGCGUUUUCGAAAUAUUUUGAAACGAAGUUUUAAGCAUCAUAAAAACAGUGAAAUAGCAUGCUAUCCACACGAUUAGAUAAAUUUUUAAGAAAAUGAUAAGCUUUGGAAACGCGGCUUCAUCUCAUAGUGGUUUGAUUCCAUUGAAAACUGCGUACAAGAAAAGAGGGGAAUUGCUAUGGGCGAUCGCGAGUAAGAAGAAUUUUAUUAACUUGCAUUCAGCUGCUUUUGUUACAGUUUUUGCACGUAAUUUGGUCCAUGCCUACAAUUUUCGCAUUUUUCAAAAACCGCUCGAUAAUUUUUUUUAUAAAUUUGACAAUCCCGAAAUCAAUUGCCAAUAAACAUACCCUGCAAGUUUCAAGAACAUUGAAAACAGAGAAGGCUUUUAAAUAGGGACUCAAAUAUAACCAAUUUUUCCCCCACGUUUUGUGUUUACAAGUGAGCGUCCUCAUUGUUCACUGGCAUUGUUUCCAAGUUUCAUAUGCACGUGCACAUUUGGCAAAAAGAAAUAAAUUUGCAUCAAACGGAACUCUUGAUUACUUUCAGAAGAAAUAUCCGGAAUAUGCUAAUAAUUUGCUGGUGUCACAGAUAGCAGUGAGAGUCGAGACGGUGAACGUCACAGCUCAUCGUGUAAGAUGCAAUACUUAGUUAUCUUACUCGGGUUAUAACAUCACAGAAACAUUUUGUAAGAGUUUCUUUGAUGUUAUAGUAUAUCACUAAUUUCUUUACCCGGUUAUUAGCAUAUUCGGGAGAUUUAACCGAGGGUCCUUUUUGAUUCUAAUUCUAUCUUUUUGCUAAAACAGAACAGUUUUUUGUGUCGUCAUAAAAAGCUUUUUGGUAUGCCGUAUACGUAGACAUAGAGACAUCUUCAGGUUUAUCCUAAUUGGCUUUAUCAUUGUAUCUUAUGUUCCGCAAGGAGGAAAGAGUACGGCUUCGUUCGAACAAACUGCUGAAACAGGAAUGCUUUCAAAUGCUGGCAAAGAUGAAGAAGUGGUCGAGGCAGUGUUACCUUCAAAAGGCAAUGAAGAAGAGGGUGUUGUGGAGCCUGAAGAGGAAACUAAAGUUGAAGACAAUACUUCUUGCAACGAAAGCAGUGUCAUCAAAAGGUAAGUACCGUUUGAGUUUACUGGAACCUCCGAUGGCGGCAACGGCAGUGAAAAGUUACUUACAAAUUUCGUUUGUGUAAAGGUACCUCUAAGGCGUUCUUUGUCGAUCUCUGGUGAGUCGUUUAACCGCUUCGAUUUUCGAAACUGGUGAAAAAAGAAUCCCUACCGAUAAACUCGUGAUCAUAAAAUAACAAGCUUGAACAUUUUACCCAAAAAGAGACAAAUUAACGUAGAUAUGCUACGCUUGUUAAAAAAAAGGAAAGUGGCAGUGAAACAUUCUUGUUCCGCGCGAGAUCAAAUACCCUGACGUCUGGUUUUCGAUAGUUUUCCUUUUUUAUCCUUCCACAAAAGUGAGGGAAAUCGACCUCUCCUCUCCGGAGAGCGUUAUUUUAAAAGUUGCGUUUUAGUUAGUGCUUAAGUCUGCCUGAGCUUUAUCUGUAGCCGAAAAACUAAUUCCACAAAAAAAGAUGCUUUUUUCAAAGAACCGAAAAAGGCGUCUGCUCUCGCAGGCUUGGAUACAUGUGAAGGGAGCCUAAUGUUUUUAAUGUCUUUUAUUUUUUGCACGGGUUGAGUGCACCGUGUGCACUCUAUAUCUACAACAUUAGUUUGCGUAAAGGGCAAAAAGUCUAUAUUUUACCUGGAGUUUUGAAUUUCCAGCGUGUGCGAGACCCAAUAGGAUUACAAUUGCGUUCUUUUCACAAUGCUUAAUUUUUUAUUUAAAACAAUUAUCUGAUUAGUCACAUUCAUCGAAUACCCCCUGGAAAAGUGUUUCGCUCAUCGUAACAGUAAGCAUAAUCAUACAUCGUAGACGAGCAUCCGACUGAACGUCGCAGUCAAAAUUUAUUAAAGGUUCUGUUUUUUCAAUAGAAUUUUGUUUGAAAUCCGACAACGACAGACUUUGUUUAGUUUCUUUGCUCAACGCUAAGGGUAGGGCAUCCUAAUUUUGGAGGAUAAAAGCAGCUAAGAGUUGAUGUUAAAUAAUAUAGUUGACAUUAUGUUAUAUUUAUAUUCUAGUACGACGAUUUUUUUGUCUUGAAAUCGUCAUAAAGAAGAAGACUAGCAUUGACCCCUGCACUGCAUGAAAAAAAAGCCGUUAUUGUCCAGUCUCUGUCCCCUAUCCCCCAAAAAUCUUUACUUAUUAUAUUCUCCAUUUAUUGUAGAUUUUACUCGAACAUUGAACUAGUGAGAGCUGUGUUUUGAAAACAACCGACUAUUAAAAUUUUGGCUCAUUGCAGAGAAAUAGUGGCAAGUGAAGGUACCCGCUGGGCCCUCAAACUAGGGGCUGUCCAUCUUAUAUUCCAUCCAAAUGCUGUGUCUGAGCCUACGUCAAUAGUGGUCUACAGAUGGAAAUCCAGUGUCUGCUCACCCCCACUACAGGAACACGAGGCCAUUGUCAGCAAUAUUAUUGAACUAUCUUCCCUCGAUGGCCGACGCCUGCAAUUCAAUGCCAUGGUGACUUUGUCACUUUCUCACAGUGCACCGGACCUACGGGGAUACGAAGUGGUGAUAAAACGGCAGAUCAACAAGGAGACCAAUGAAUGGGAAGACGUGAGUGGAACCAAGGACUUACGCUGUCGCCAAGGUAUAGAAAUUUUCUCUAUGUAGUAGACUUAUGGCAACUAUAGAGAACCGUUUGGCAACCCUGUUUCCCUAAGGGGGAGGCGGUGUACGUCAUCCGUACUGCUUAAGGGUUUGCUUUUUUUUUCAAGAUAGUGUUAUUAGGUGUUUCAGUUGCGCUUGCGCUCUCGAUCUGAACCUUGUUUCCAGUCUCUUUUAGAAUAAAAAGGAAGUAAAAACAGAACAUAAUUAUGAUAGUUACAUUUUACUUGUAUUUUUUGUCAGUAACAGAUAUGGAAGAUGAGCGCCCUUCUCACAAGGAUAUACCAGACCUUUUAUUCCCCGUUGCCCAAGCUGAUAUAAAUGAGUGCUCAACAUAUGCAGUGGUUUGCCGUCUCAAAUCUUCUCCGCCUUACAGCAUCACAUCUACUGGCGGUUUAUUCAUUCAUCCUGAUUAUCCAGGCGUGACGGUUACAAUCCCCGAGAAUGCUGUUGCACCCGAGUCACCGUUUACCCUGAAGUUAAAGGUUGGUGUGAUUAAAAAGGUACAUUUUUUAUUAGUGAAAUCUAACUAGUGGUCUAUUUAACAAUUAUUCCACGAGGGCGCAUUGGAUAUGAGUUGGCUAUAAUCAUCUCAUAUCCAACGAGAGCGAGUGGAAUAAUUGUUUUAUUAGAAACGCCCACAAAAUCUCGUUGAAUCUCCCCGACUAGAACAAACCGGAAAAGACAAGGGACUUCCGCUAUUCACAUGCCACACGUCUAUCAAAACUGUCAACGCGCGAACGGACUCGCCUGUAGUGCAUUAAUGAAAAAUCAAAACAUUGUAGCGAUGAACAUUAGUUUUUUAAAAACUCAUCGGGAUUCUAGGAUUUUACACAGCAGAACAGCUAAAAAAACCUGGCAGAUAAUGUGAAGGAAAAUAAUUUUUAAGUGACAGCCGUCGAAAUUACUGUGAACUUGGAUUUUCGGUGCAGUUAUAAAAGUAAGAACAACGGAGAAAAACUAUUACCUCGGUCGCUUGUUAUGAAGUUGUUUGAAGCCCCAAGCUGGUUUUGCUGAACGAGAAAAGAAGCUAUACUACCGCCUCGAUUGCUGUAGUGAAUGGCUGCAUAACCUGUAUUUGUAGCUGGUUACUUGUGAUUUAUAUUCUUGACGUCGGAUAAACAAGCCGCAGUUAUCUAUCGGCGAGUGACCCGAUCAGCGAAUGGCUUCGCGAUCAUGAAGAAACAACACUUGUCUUCUUUCGUAGCUGGUCAAGGUACUUUAGUUCCAUGUGUUUUCAUGUGUUUUUGGACAAACUUUCAAACAAGCUCUUGUGGCUUUUUUGUUUGUUUUUGUCUUUUUUCUUUUGAUUAAAUUGCAUUUCUAGUAUUCUAAGAAAUGAAUUAAAACAAUUUGCUUCGGGCGCCAUUCUAUCCUUCGCGAAAAAAAAUCUCAGCUCGCUUCCAAUUUUAAACUGACGCGUACACAGACCAUAUAUGGAGAGUAUGGUAUAAUAGCUCAUAUACCAUAACGGCUAAGCCAAUCAAAAUGCUAGAAUUGCAUUAUCCAAUGAUUCAGUUUUUAAUAAUAUCAAUUGUGCGUUCUGAUUGGUUGAGCUACUACUAGGCUAUAUGUUAUAGCCUACUAGUAGCGAAAAGCGCGGGCUUUGAAAACCAAAACAAUGGCGAAUCAAUCACGUUUUUCUAGCUUAAGUUGUUUUGUCAGGAUAUUUUUGACCAACUAGUUGGCUUUUACUAAAAGAAUUAUCCCUCUCGCCGUCAUGGCCUCGAGUCAAUAGCCCAUUCAGCCUUCGGUCUCAUGGUUAAUUAUAUAAGACAGUAUUGAUAUGCAGGCAAAUAAAAUCAACCCCAAGGCUUUUCAAAGGGCAGCGGUUUCAUAAACAUGGUGAUCUAAUAUUGGCCAGUCUAAAAGGCCUUGACUGAAAAAUCGUCUACUGAAUAUUGGAGAGAUCUUUUUGUUACUUGAAUUACAUAGUAUGGGGAACCUGCGUCAAUUUUAAGGCCUAAAAGAAUACAUGAAAUUAACUGCUGAUGAUUACUCUUUUAAAUGGUACAGGUGCAAGAAGUUCCUAAUGAAGAAUUUAAAGAGGAAGGUGUAUUUCUUGGACCUAUUCUGCGAAUUAAAUGCUUUGAGGUUGUCCAGUUGUUUAGACCUGUAACCAUUCAGCUGCCAGUUUCUCUUCGAGACGGCCAGGACUUUAAACCAGAUCCCACUAAAUGCCGUGUGAGAGUGUUGUUCCUGAAUUGCGAGGAGGAAAAAAGGGAAUGGACUGAACUCACUGAUCUGGUAGCACCGACACAGUUUGAUGCGAAGUUUGUUAGGAUCCAAGUCCAAAGAUUUUCUGGGUAAAGAAGCUUAGAGAAAUCAUUAGUAUCUUAAGUACUUACCAGAUAGGGGUACAGUUGAAUCCUUUUUAAUACAAAAUGUUGAUUAAACUUCAGUCAACGUUACUGGAUGCAACAUUUUUUGAGCUGUUUGAACAUCAUGUUGAAUGGUGCUGAUGUUGCUAGAUCUGCUUUGAACGUUCAAACGCAGCAUGAAACAUCGUCAGACAUUUCUUUUGUUCAGGUGUGCGAUGGCCUCAAUGUUGAAUGGGCAAACGCUCAAUUAAACUUUGUUUGCAUCAUUCAUGGUCUGGAAAGGGGGAGAGGAGGGGUGGUUUAGGGGAUACUGAUCUCGCAUCCCGCACUUUUUUCAUCGCUUUCACGUAUCCCGUUUUUUUUUUCCGAAAAUACACAAGUUAAAAAGGUCUAAUUGUUGCAAAAGCGAAUAAGUGUAAGAUGUAGAUUGGCCCUUUCGAUUGAUGUUUUGAAUUACACCUUAGUAUGAUGAAGCGGAGGGAAAAACAGGAGAGGAAGAAACCAAGAGGGAGAUGGACGGGUUUCUUCCCUCUUUCUUCCCCAGCCCUGACUCCCACGCCAUAUCUUAAGUGUAAUUGAUCAAAUAAUUUCUUCAUAAGAUUUACAAUAAAUGUAAAAAGCUUGAAAAACUGAUCAAAUCAAAAAGUACGAAAGAACUUUUUUCCUUUUCAAUCUACUGGAAACGUUUUCUUGGGUUUGGCGAUUCACGAAGAAUAAUCCAAAGUUCGACAAAUCCAUAACAGUCUUCAUUUUUUGGCUCUAGAUAUUCUUAUCAUUUUGAGCGGCGUGAAGAAAACUCCAGAGCUUAUGGACCGUGGAUCUUAAGUUACUUUACCCGCUUCACUAGAACCCAGCCCCGAGCAGCAAGUUUCGUCGCUUACUUUCGUCCAGACAUUCCAAACAUUUUAUUCCUUAUUUGUUGCUCUGCUCACCUUAAACAAGAGGUGAUACAAGAUCUUGAAAAAAGGGACGUAACGUUUGCUGAUGGCAGUUCGAUGAAAGAUAUGAUACCUGGAGAGGACGGUGACAAAGCAUUUGUGUUUUUGUCAGGAGGAAUACGCCCAUUUGAUGAGGAGGACGUAAAUAACAUUUAUCUUAGGUAAGCUCAUUUAUUAUUAAUUCAAAAUAUUUCCCCGUUUCUGCUUGACUCAAAAUCCGGCAGCUAAUUCUUGAAAACCAGCUACCGUUGACCACAUUUGGAAGAUGGUUUAGUUUAGAUAGUUUAGAUAGUUUAUUAAAAUAUCGAACAUGGCAGUCCGUAGACUGAAUUGCGUUACAAUUACUUAAAACUAAGAUUAAAUAAAUUCCAAAAUUAUAAAUACUAAUUGAAAUUACAACAAAAAACAUUUCUAUAAAAAUGCAAAAAAGAUGAUAACGAUAUCCCGAAAAUUACGUCAAUAGUGCAGCGUAAUGACAAUAAAAUGGACUGCAGUCGAGAGUUUGAGUUGUUUUGGUAGAUCAGUACAAAAUGGCGGAACAUCCGUCACUGUGCAUACUUUUUAAGAGAACAGACCGGUCUGAACAGUCGUGAUUAAUAGUUAAACUGAACUGUUCUGUCUAAUGGUAAACGAAGGAUUACGCGGCACUGCAUCAUGCAUGUUUCUCUCUUACAUUUAAACAGGUUAUUAGAAGACGAUAUUCCGUUUAAGACUGAAUUGCGAGUUCGUCUCGUUGAUGGCGAAGACCUGGCACAAGUGGAAUUUCGAAACACCUUGAUACAGACAGACAGAACGCGUCUGUUGUGUAAAUUUCACUUAACUUUGCCCUCCCGUAAUAUACCCCGCGCGGUAAGUACAACUUAUCAUUCUAAGCUUGAGCAUUUCAUCUGUUUAAAUCUCCUAUCAGUUGAAAAAUUCUGGGUCAGUUAUUUAAACGCAGUUUACCCAAUGUCUAGCAAGUCCACCAGUACCACGUUCUAACUCAUUUUCAGUUUGUCAAAUGCUAUCUAAACACCGUUUCUCUUGAACAAUUUCAUGAAAGCAUGACUAGAAAGCACUUAUCUGGAGAUUCCAUGAUUUCUUAAACCGAGGCCUAAACCUUCGUUUAAAUAACCAACCCUUUGUGUUGCAACUGUAGAGUGAACUAGCAGAUCGCUCAAGGUACACUGUAGUUGUAAGUUGUUUCUUCUAGAAUUUUUGCCUGUCCAAGCAGUGAGAAAGUUUACUCAAAUUAUUGCACGUAUUAAAAUUACACACAGUAAUUUUCAGGGAGUUAUAAUAACUCCUCUAGUGGGGCUAAUUUAACUCCUUACAGUGGAGUUAUUUUUUGGGGAGUUAUUUUAAGUCCAAAAAGGAGCUUAAAGAACUCUUUUUCAGGAGUAAAAGUGACCCCAGAUAUUGAAGAGUUAAAAUAACCCCCAAAAAGGAGUUUCCUGUACCCAAAAUUUUUACUCCACUUUCAGAGUUAAAUUAACUCCCAAAAGAGUAAAAACAACCCAUGUAAGGUGUAAAAGUAACCCAAAUUUCGGACUCCAGACUGGGAGUAAAAAGAACUCUUUUUCAGGAGUAAAAAUGACCCCAAAUUCGGAGUUAAAUUAGGAGUUAAAAUAAACCCAAAAAGGGGUUAUCCUGUACCUAAAAUUUUUACUCCAUUUUUGGAGUUAUAGUAACUCCCUAAAAAUUACGGUGUAAUCAUGCCAUUUGAAAGACAAUCAAGGCUUUCCUCUUAAUUAAUAUUAAAAAUAUUAACAUUUCCAGUGGGGAUUUUGAGAAAACAGCCGACAUUUCGCGACACCACCUCUGGUUUGCCGAGCGAAAUGACGUCAGAGAAACGAUUUAUUGAUGACGUGUUUUUACCCAGAUCAAUGGGUAGUGCUUCUGAUCGAUUGAGGCAAAUUUCCAUCCAAUAAGAAGCACUACCCAUGUCUGUAAAACCUCUUAGUUCCUCGUGAUAACCAGUCUUCCUGACCCCGACUCGAAAUCAAGGCGUUUGUAUGCUAUUUAAUAAUUAUAAUUUUUUACCUUUUAUGCCUCUUCAGGCAGAUCAGAAUUUGAGGGAGCUUGGGCGACAGCCUGGUAAGUUUUCAGUUUUUCCACUUCUUUUCCUCAAAUUUUGUUCAGUUUAGGUUUCAUAAGAUAUUGCCCUAUGAUCCUCAAUAAACUGUGUCUGUAAGGCUAGCUUGUGACUCCGGCAUUAUCAGAACUUGUAACCUUUAAUGCAAGAGAUAUCUCAAAUUUAUUCGCUGCUCUCAAGACUUUAGAGGGUCUUUAGAAGCUUGCCAGUCAAUUUUCGGUUUAGACGGUCUGUGAAGUCUGUGCAGGUGAGACAUCGAGGUCCACCAACCGUGAAACCACCAUUCACUAACAGCCAUUCGAUGGCGCUAUAUAGCUUACUAAUAAUCCCGCACAAUCAAUAAAUACCACCGUAUGAAGAAGAGCAGCAGUCGUAACGUCGUUCUUUUGUUCGGGAGUGUCCGUAUCGCCCUUUGUUUGCUCUGAAUGUCUCAUUUGUGUGCAUGCUGUAUUCGCCACUUUGAGGUUGCGCGGGAGACCGGGUCGAGCUGGUCGUGAAAGUGCAUUGUGAGACUGUUUUGACAAAUUUGCCACAAUGUUGAAAAUGUGUGCCUCAAAACAGUCCCACAAUGCACUUGACAACCAUCUCGACCCAGUCUCCCGCGCAAGCUCAAAGUGGCGAAUUCCGUGGGUCCAAGAGAGAAUAAUUGAAGAGAGAGGGAGACGCCCAGUUUCGCCCUUGGGACUGACGUGAAUUUCACCAAAGUCAUAUUUAGACCAAUUAUACGCUUGAAUUAAUCGAAAGUCAGUUCCCGAAGAGCGCCGCAAACUUUCAUUCAGUGUUGUUAGGAGAGAAUUUAACAGUCGCCAUUACAAUAUUCUGCAUUUUUUUGCUUUGAGGCAGUUAACGCGUGGACUUGAUGACAUUUCAAACAUUCGACUACAAUCUGCGAACGUCCGAGGAAUUAGUCUUCCGUUUAAUGAAAACCUCAAAAAAUAACUUAAUUGAAAUUCACAUAUCCCGACGAAUGCCCUAAGGUUCCCUCUUUGUCUCAUUAUUCUCUCUUCGUCUGUGUGAAGAUGGCCGUGGAGGAAUCUAUCGCUUAGCAUCUCGAUCGUUUUUCCUUUGACAGAAAUCAAAGAUGGCAGUCCAAUACCCGACGAACUGGAAGGUCUGUCUGAAAAAAUCAGUGACAAGUGGAAAAAGCUUGGUCGUCGGCUACAGUUCGAUGACGCACAAAUAGCAGAACAUGACACAAACAAUGUUACACUUUCUGAAAAAGCAUACAAUUUGCUGAUGGCUUGGAAAGGAAGGGACGCCUCAGCUGCAACUUACCGUGUUUUGCAUAAAGCACUGUCCGACGUAAAACGUAAAGAUUUAGCCCAAGAGUUUUGUUGUCAGUGAAAAAG